AGUGGUUAGAGAGAUCCAAACUACAGCCUCAUUCUUCUCUCCAGAGCGAAACUUCCAAGCACGAGCUUGGACUAAGGCAGCCAUGUCGAUGACGAAGACUGACAAAGUUGCCUUGGGCCACUCCGUCGUCUGCUGUGACGAUACUUGUGGAAAGAUCAAGACCUGUCCCCCUCUGUCUUCUACCUGCUUCUUCACCACAAGUCUUUCAUUCAAUAAUUUAGGCCACCUGAAGCAGACCACAAACUCCAGAGUGUUACUCUACUGAGAUAGCUCGCUCUUUUCAUCUGCAACGCAGGAAAUCUCCUACCAUGGCGCAGCCGGAGAAGCCUAAGAGGAACAUGUAUGCCUUGGGCUGCUCUUGCUUGGCUUCCAUGACUUCGAUCGUUUCGGGCUAUGACGUAGCAGUGAUGAGCGGCGCCAACUUGUUCAUCAAAAACGACCUGAAGAUCGACGACACCAAGAUCGAGAUCCUCGCCGGCAUCAUCAACGUGUACUCCAUCAUCGGCUCGAUCGCGGCCGGGCGAACCUCCGACUGGAUCGGCCGACGCUACACCAUGAUCCUGGCGUGCGCCAUCUUCUUCACCGGCGCCCUUGUGAUGGCCCUCGCCCCGAAUUACGCCAUCCUGAUGGCGGGUCGCUUCGUGGCCGGCGUCGGCGUCGGCUACGCCUUCAUGAUCGCCCCCGUGUACGCUGCAGAGGUGGCCCCCGCCUCCUCCCGCGGCUUCCUCACCUCCUUCCCCGAGGUCUUCAUCAACUUCGGCGUCCUCCUCGGCUAUGUCUCCAACUUCGCCUUCGCUGGGCUCCCGGAGCACCUCAGCUGGCGCAUGAUGUUCGGCGUGGGCGCGGUGCCGCCCGUCUUCCUGGCCCUCGGCGUCCUCGCGAUGCCGGAGUCGCCCCGGUGGCUCGUCAUGCAAGGCCGGCUCGGCGAGGCCAAGGCGAUCCUCGCGAAGACCUCCGACACGCCGGCGGAGGCGGAGCUGCGUCUCUCGGAGAUCAAAGAAGCUGCCGGGAUACCAGAAGGUUGCACCGACGAGGUUGUGCCGGUGCCCGAGCGCAGCCACGGGGAAGGCGUUUGGAAGGAGCUACUGAUCACUCCGACGCCGCCGGUCCGCCGCACGCUUCUCGCCGCACUGGGGCUGCAAUUCUUCCAGCAGGCCUCCGGCAUUGACUCCGUCGUCCUCUACGGCCCCACCAUAUUCGAGAAGGCAGGGCUGAAGGGCAAGACCGAGCGGCUCGGCGCGACCGUGGCGGUCGGAUUCACCAAGACAUCGUUUAUACUCGUCGCCACGUUCCUCCUGGACCGCGUCGGGCGGCGGCCGCUGCUGCUGAGCAGCGCCGCAGGAAUGAUCGCUUCUCUGAUCACCUUGGCGUCGGUGCUGCUGACCAUCGACCACCACCCCGGCGAGAAGCUGACGUGGGCGGUGGCGCUCUGCAUCGCCACGGUGCUGACGUUCGUGGGCUCGUUCUCGAUCGGCCUCGGACCGAUAGCGUGGGUGUACAGCUCGGAGAUCUUCCCCCUGAGGCUGAGGGCGCAGGGAGCGAGCCUGGGGGCGUCCAUGAACAGGUUGAUGAGCGGGGCCGUGACCAUGUCGUUCCUGUCACUCUACAAGGCCAUUAGCAUAUCGGGGAGCUUCUACCUGUACGCCGGCAUCGCGGCUGCCGGUUGGGUCUUCUUCUACGUGUUCUUGCCGGAGACAAGGGGGAGGAACUUGGAGGAGAUGGAGGAGCUCUUUGGGAAAGCAUCAAAGAGUAGGGAGAAGGCGGAGGAGAAGGGAGGAAUUGAGCUGGUAAAGGGGGAUGGAGGUGAAAGCCAUGAUGGCAGGAAGGAUUAAAGUAGCAAUAUUAAUGGCCACUGUGAAAAGAUUACUCAUUUCAAUCGUAAUAUGGCUUGAAGUGGUACUUAA